UGCAACGCGCACCAAUGACAGAGUGUCAUGGCACCCUCCAGGCAGUACGUAUGGCACCCGGUUCGCUUGUUGUCUUGUCUUCAGAUUCCUUUCGCGGGCAGAAUGCAGGAUCUAUUCAGGUUGCCCUCAAAGUUAGCACGGAUUCGGUCACGAAGUUGUCAUUACAGUGCGUGGACGAAGCACUCGAUCCAGAACAAUGUAGUAGUUCAUCUCGGUGAAAGAAAUAUAGAGAUUUCAUCUGGAAAAUUGGCUCGGUUUGCAGAUGGUUCUGCAGUUGUGCAGCAAGGGGAAACAUCUGUGAUGGUGACAGCUGUUAGUAAAACUAAACCAUCAGUUUCUCAGUUUAUGCCUUUGGUUGUUGAUUACCGACAGAAAGCAGCAGCAGCUGGGAGGAUUCCUACUAAUUAUCUCAGAAGGGAGCUCGGCUCAACAGAAAAUGAAAUACUUAAAAGCAGACUGAUAGAUCGAUCAAUAAGACCACUUUUCCCAUCUGGCUAUUUCUAUGAAACACAAAUAGCAUGUAAUCUUUUAGCUGUGGAUGGCGUCAAUGACCCUGAUAUAUUAGCAAUUAAUGGAGCCUCAGCUGCCCUUACACUGUCAGACAUUCCAUGGAAUGGACCGGUUGGUGCUGUGCGGGUUGGUCUUAUUAAUGGAGAAUUUGUGAUUAAUCCAACAAGGAAGGAAAUGGCAUCAAGCACUCUUAACCUGCUAGUUACUGGCUCAGCUCAUAACCAAGUCGUUAUGUUGGAAGCUUCAGCAGAAAAUGUACUUCAACAGGAUUUUUGCCAUGCUAUUAAAGUUGGAGUCAAACAGACACAGCAGAUCAUUCAGGGUAUCCUGCAGCUGGCAAAUGAUCAUGGUUUAUCAAAACGAACUCCCCAAAAGUUGUUUGCUGCUGUUCCAGAAAUGGUCGAGCUUGCUGGCCAGUUGGCUUCUGAGAAGAUCCAUGCAGUGCUUUCUGACUUUAAUCAUGAUAAAAUUUCUAGGGAUGAAGCCAUUAAUAAAAUAAGACUUGAAACAGAAGAGCACUUAAGAGUAAAAUUUCCAGAUGCUGAUUCAUAUGAGGUGAUGGAGGCGUUUAAUACACUUUUAAAGGAGACAUUCAGAAACAUAAUUUUAAAUGAAUACAGAAGGUGUGAUGGGAGAGAUUUAACAUCGCUGAGAAGCAUUUCCUGUGAAGUUGACUUGUUUAAACCUCUUCAUGGUUCUGCAUUGUUUCAAAGAGGCCAGACACAGGUGCUUUGUACUGUGACAUUUGAUUCUUUAGAAUCAAGCAUGAAAGCUGACCAUAUAUCAACAGCUGUUAGUGGUUUGAAAGACAAGAACUUUAUGCUGCAUUAUGAGUUUCCUCCCUAUGCAACCAAUGAAAUUGGAAAGGUCAGUGGUUUGAACCGGAGAGAGCUUGGACAUGGUGCAUUGGCUGAAAAAUCUCUGAGACCUGUUAUACCUAAAGAUUUCCCUUUCACAAUCCGAGUAACAUCAGAGGUUUUAGAGUCAAAUGGAUCAUCUUCUAUGGCUUCUGCAUGUGGUGGGAGUUUGGCACUAAUGGAUGCAGGUGUUCCAAUUUCAUCUGCAGUUGCAGGUGUUGCUGUGGGAUUAGUAACAAAAAUAAAUACGGAGAAGCCGUCAGAAGUUCAAGAUUAUAGAUUGCUCACUGACAUCUUAGGAAUUGAAGAUUACAAUGGGGACAUGGACUUUAAAAUGGCAGGAACAAACAAAGGCAUUACAGCAUUACAGGCAGAUAUUAAAAUCCCAGGUCUUCCCCUAAAAAUUGUGAUGGAAGCAAUUCAACAAGCUACAGUGGCUAAAAAAGAGAUACUUGCAAUAAUGAACAAGGUAAUUUCAAAGCCAAGGACACAAAGAAAGGAAAAUGGGCCACUUGUUGAAAGCAUUCAUGUUCCACUUUCAAAAAGGGCAAGAUUUGUUGGCCCUGGAGGUUAUAACUUAAGAAAACUCCAAGCUGAAGCAGGUGUGACGAUCAGUCAGGUAGAUGAGGAGACAUUUUCUGUCUUUGCACCAACACCCAAUGCUAUGCAUGAGGCCAAAGAAUUCAUCAAUGAAAUGUGCAAAGACGAUCAAGAACAACAGUUGGAAUUUGGAGCAGUGUAUACAGCAACAAUCACAGAGAUUAGAGACAUUGGAGUUAUGGUAAAGAUCUAUCCAAACAUGAGUCCUGUAUUGCUUCAUAAUACUCAACUAGACCAUAAGAGGAUUAAGCAUCCAUCUGCUCUUGGAUUAGAAGUUGGACAGCAAAUACAGGUUAAAUACUUUGGUCGGGAUCCUACUGAUGGCAGGAUGCGGUUAUCACGUAAAGUGCUCCAGUCUCCAGCUGCGACAGUUGUGAAAACAUUAAGUGGCCAACACAGCAUUACAGUAGGAGCAGCAAAUGCACAUUGUACAAACUCUUCUUGAGUCUCGAAACUUUAAAUGAAUGAAGAGUUUGCAGAAAGGUCUGUUCUAAAAGGUGAAGUGAUGUCCAGUCUGCUUUUUACUACAUACAUUUAAAAGUUUUUACAUUUCUAUAAUGGUAAAUUUAUCAAGUUUAGCUCUGUGGAUGUAGUUGGGUAAAAAAUGUGACCCAUGCACUUAUUCAUAAAAUAUAUGCUAAACAUGUAUAGAAUAAACAAUUGAUCAACAUC